UGUUCCGGGGUGCCCCUCCCCACGCGGACGCCCUGGACCCCCACGGCCAACCUCAGGAUGCUCAUCAGUGCUGCCAGCCCUGACAUCCGCGACAGAGAGAUGAAGAAGGUGCUUAGGCCCAUUGAGAAUGAGAGAGCAGUGGAGGAUGUCGAGGUGGAUGGCCCGUGCCAGUUUGAUGUGGUGGACGAGGAGGAGGAAGAGGGGGAAAGGAAGCCCAGCAGGAAGCAGAAGAGCCUGGGCCUGCUGUGCCAGAAGUUCCUGGCCCUGUAUCCGGACUAUCCAACCUCUGACACCAUCAGUAUCUCAUUGGAUGAGGUGUCUACCAGCCUGGGGGUGGAGCGGCGGCGGAUCUACGACAUCGUAAACGUCCUGGAGUCUCUGAUGAUCGUGGGGCGCGUGGCUAAGAACCAGUACGUGUGGUACGGGCGGCGGCGCCUGGGGUCCACCCUGGCCGAGCUGCAGGGGAUAGGCAGACAGCAGCGCUACCACCUGCACAUGGAGCAGGCCGCGGAGGGUGGUCACAGAGAGGGAGCCACCACACACACCCCAGAGGAGGGAGGUGAAGGAGACUCCAGCUGUGCGGCCGCCAGCACGAGGAAAGACAAGUCCCUACGCAUCAUGAGUCAGAAGUUUGUCAUGCUCUUCCUGGUGUCCAGGACCCAGACGGUCACUCUGGACGUGGCUGCCAAAAUCCUCAUCGAGGAAAGCCAGGACCCCGCCAGCCACAGCAAGUACAAAACUAAGGUGCGGCGGCUGUAUGACAUCGCCAACGUCCUGACGAGUCUGGGAUUGAUCAAGAAGGUCCACGUCCGGGAGGAGAGGGGGAGGAAGCCUGCGUUCAAGUGGAUCGGCCCGGCAGACUUCCACAGCAGACAUGAGGACUCAGAGGCUGUAGCGGCCAUCGCUCUUCCGGAGGCCAUCGCUCUUCCGGGCGGCAGGAAACAGAAGCUGGCACGCCAUGCUCCUUCAAUGUGGUGCCCACCUCCGUGGCCAGCCAACGCCGUGUCAACUCGGCGCCCAGCAGCCCACGCAGAGAGGUCACGG